GAGUUGUCGAAUAGCUUGAAAGAUGAAACGCGAAGCGUGCUUACACGCGGUCCUGCUGCUAUUAUCAGUUAAAUCCAUUGCCGGUCUCAAUCAUGGAAACUGUGUAGUAAUGGCUCCACAGUAUGUUACCAAAGGACAAAAAUUCGAAUUUGCGGUAGCCUCUUUUGAUUCAAACGAAACAACAGAAGCUUAUGUUGAAUUUCAUGGUUUUCAAGACGAUGGUCGUGAGGUAACUUUUGGAAAACAACUUUCUUUGGGACCCGAAGGAUCUUCUGGGGCAUUCCAGAUUGGUGUGUUGGAUUUUGGGCAGUCAUCAUCAAUUACAUCAGGUGAAUACAACUUGAAAGUUCAAUUCACAUCAGGCGUCGAAGCAAGCUUUGACGUUCCACUGAGCUACGUGAAUAAAAACUACAUCGUUCUAAUUCAAACCGAUAAGCCCAUCUACAAGCCGGGCAAUACCGUUCGAUUUCGAGUCAUAGUACUGGACGAGUCAACUCGGCCAUUGCCGGAUCUCAAAAGCAUUCACGUAACCCUAUCCGAUCCGGACGAAAACGUCGUCAAGACGUGGCCAACUGGUCGACUCAAAAAUGGAAUAUUUCAAACACAGCUGGAUAUUUCCAAUGCACCGAACCUUGGUAAUUGGACCAUAAGCGCAAAGAUUCGAGAUGAUGAGCAUAGCGUUCAGUUUCCGGUCGACGAAUAUCGACUUCCUCAGCACGAAGUUCGUAUUCGAACACCGAAAACCUACACAGUUCAAGAUAAGGAACUCACUGUCGAUAUCGACGCCUACUACGGAUUCGGGAGAAUCGUCAAAGGAAGCAUAAAUGUUACUGCCGUGGGGCUGCAAACACUUUCGAAAACUUUCAAUUUUGAUGGUCGCUUGAGGGUUAAAUUCAACAUGGGUGAUCUUUUGAACGUGGCUGAGCUGGAUGAAGAAUUUACGGAGGUUCCGAUUAUGGUGACGAUUCAGGAAGGCCAUUCAAGAAAUAAAAUAACUGCCGAAAAUUUCAUACCAGUCUUCAAACAUCGCUAUCAAAUCCAUUUGGAAAAAUCUUCGAAAUAUUUCAUUCCUGGGCAGCCGUAUAAGUGUUGGGUACAAUUUAAAGAUCAUCUCGGGGAUAAGCUACCGACGCCUACCGAUGAAGUAGAGAUAACAAUUUCUUACUCCGGGGCCAAGAAGUUUGAGAAGACUACCGUGCUACAAGUUGACCCAGCUGGUGAUGGUUCAAUUCCGUUGUCACUUUCAAUUCCGAAGGAAGCCAGCAGUGCCAAACUAACCGUAAAAUUCCAGGAAGAUUCUAAAUCUUUCGAUCUCAGUAAGGAUCGCUCCAAAGGUAACGCAUCACUACAGCUGUCGCAAAUUACCAAAAAAGUAAUGCUAGAUCAGUUGGUAUCCUUUCAAGUCCAAUCUACUGUUCCUCUGACGAAACUUGCCUAUCAUGUAUCGUCUGGGAAUAAAUUUCUGGAAAUGGAAAUGAUAAACGUUAACGGAAAUUCACCGGUGUUUAGUGUGAAAGUUACCUCCGAAAUGUUCCCAACGGUCAAGGUUACCGUUUUCACAAUUCACAAUGGCUAUCUACUGAGCGAUGAUUUGGUAAUGGACGUUCCUUUCUUUCGGAAUUCGAUAGAGCUGAGCACCGUAACCGACGAAUUCACUCCCGGAGAGAAGGUACGAUUCCUUGCCGAAACCCAACCCAACUCAUCCGUAGGAUUGCUGGCCAUCGAUCGGAGUGUUCUGCUUCUAGGUCUCGAUGGGAAUCAACUUACCCAGAGCGUUGUGCUGAAGGCCCUAAAAUCAGCUACUCGUUCAGAGGAAGAUUCACAAAUCCUGUUUCUAAGUAAUGCCGCAACCAUGCCAGCCGUAACCUCCCGGUUCAAUCAAGAUAGUGACGAAGAAGACGCUUAUAUCAAACCGAGAAGAAAUUUUCCAGAAACCUGGCUAUGGGACGAUCUUCACAAUUCUGGAUCCACUGGAGUGCUGAAAAUCAAUAGCAACGCUCCUGACUCAAUAACCACCUGGGAAGUGUCAGCCUUUUCGAUUAGUCCUCAGUACGGACUAGGGAUCCUCGAGCAACCACUUUCGUUGAAAAUUAUCAAAUCAGGGUUCUUGAAGAUAAACUUACCGAAUUUGAUAAAGAAGAGUGAAAUAGCCGUAGUUGAGGUCAGCAUCUUCAACAACCGAGAUGACGUUCAGUACGUUGGAGUUACGUUGAAGAACACGAAACACGAAUUCGAGCUGACUGAUAACCGUGGUCGUUUGGAUGCUAGCUAUCAGGCCAAGAAUGCCGUAAUCGAUCCGUAUUCAGCGGCAACGGUGAAUUUUAUGAUACGCCCGAAAAAACUGGGUGAUAUCGAAGUCAAGGUGAUUGCGGAAGGUACUGAAUUGAGGGAUUCCGUUAUUCGCAAGUUGCGUGUGACCACAGAAAGUUUACACUAUCAAAAGGAUAUCAAGCGAUUCAUCCAAUUAGAUUCAGGGAGGCAAGAGUUCAGAGAUUUUAAUUUGAAUAUUCCGAGGCACAUUGAUACUGACUCGGAAGAAAUAACUUUCACCAUUUUGGGUGAUAUUAUUGGCAAUUCAGUAAAUGAUAUUCAGGACAGCAUCAGACUUCCGCAUGGAAAUGCAGAACAGAACGCAUUGCACAUGAUUCCAAGCCUCGUUUUACUUGAACACAAUGGAGUCACCUUCACAUACAAAGCCAGGGUGACUGACCGAGCUAUACUGUUCUUGGAAAAAGGUUAUCAAAACUUGCUGAAAUUCAAACGUAUUGAUGGUUCUUUCAGCUUAUUCGGAAAUGAAGACAACACCGGAAGUAUUUACGUAACAGCACUCGUUGCCAGAACUUUGCGGCGAGCUUCAAACUUUGUCACUGUAGAUAACCGAGUUAUUGACCAAGCUUUCAAAUGGUUGGGAAAACAACAAAAUUCGGAAGGAUCCUUCACUGAACUAAGCAAAGAUCAAAAAUACAGUUUAGAAGAAGCUCACCGAGACAAAGCAACUCUUACAGCCUUUACAUUGCUGGCUUUUCUUGAGGAUCGUGAAUUGAUCGAUAAUUACCGAAAACUUCUUGAUAGCGGUUGCAAAUAUUUGCUUUCGAAUCAUCAGCAAUUUUCAAACUUGUACACCCUCUCUAUGACAGCGUUUGCUCUACAAAUAUUUAACCAUACCUCGAGGCAACCUGUGCUGGACAAAUUUAUAGAAGUAUCAAGUAGUGAUAGGGCGCGGCAGAUGCGUUGGUGGGAUGCUGGUCCUUUGAGCAUUGAAGCAACUGGCUUUGGACUGUUAUUGUUUCUAGCUAUAAAUCUACCAUUUGAAACCAAGUACAUUGUGAACUGGAUAAUUGCCAAACAACGAAACGACUUUUUCAACACACAAACCACAUUCACUGCACUGGAGGGGCUAGCUUUGUACGCUCACACAUUUUCGACGACCCGCAACCACUACGACGUAUCCAUAGCGUACGAAAAGCAAAAACGUACCAUUCGUAUCGAUGCCGAAUCUUCCUUAACCGAACAGAAACUGACACUUCCGCCUAAUACGCGAUUGGUUCAGGUCUCGGCCAACGGAACCGGAUUCGGAAUGUUCCGCAUCGACUACAGCUAUAGUUCCAACAUCCUGAACAUGCAUCCACGUUUUGACCUCAAAGUAGACACCUUGAAUACAUCAACGGAAUUUUACCUGGAUCUGUCAAUCUGUACCAAGUUCUUACCCCGGGAAAGCUAUGAAGAACCGUGGUUCGUACUGAUGGAGAUCACUUUCCCCAGUGGGUAUGUCGCUCUGGAUGAAUCCGUGGAGGAACUUGAAGCUUUGGAUUUCGUUAGGAAACUCCAGCUCAAAUACGGCGAAACGACGCUUUUACUGUACUUUGACACAAUACCGGUCUACUACCAGUGCAUCAAAGUAACGGGUUUCCAACAAAGUACGGUACUUCAGCAAAUCUCCGGAACGGUUCGAGUCUAUGACGCAUACGAUAAUUCGCGUGUUGCUAUUAGCUAUUUCGAUGGUAAACAACCAAGCGUGUGUGAAGUUUGUGAAAAUGAUUGCCCAGCUGAGUGCGACCAAUAAGAAUUAACAGGAAUCAAUCGAGCUCAAUGAAAAAACUUUUUUUUAAAUAAACAUAAAUAUCUCUCUAGUAGCUUUUUUGGAUGACCAUUUUAAGAUAUAUUUUUUUAGUAAAGCUGAAGACUAGAGAACACCAGGUUAAAAUUUAAAAAAAAUGUAUUAUAGAAUGUCCCAGUAUGUAUAAAUACGAUUUUGAUACAACUCAGCUUAUUCCGGAUGACGUUUAAACAUCUGAUUUCUGCUGGGUAUUGUUGUUUACAGUUUAACUUAAAACUCUGUGAAUUGUUAUGUCAUGAGACGGCAUACUACGAAAAUAAAAAAAUUAUCUGUGUAUUGUGAGCUCCACAUUUCACAAUUUUUGUGAAAAUGAGAAGCAGUUCCAACAUUUCGCUAAGUCAGUUGACGAAAAUGGAAGAAAUAAGCAUUGGAUGAACCGCUUGAUAUCCUUUUGAUAGUGUAAACUUUCUGUGGUCACACGCAACUUGCGAAUAACGGAAUCCCUAGUAGCUUUUUUGGAUGACCAUUUUAAGAUAUAUUUUUUUAGUAAAGCUGAAGACUAGAGAACACCAGGUUAAAAUUUAAAAAAAAUGUAU